GCAGCGCCCGUCCGGCCGCCCGGCCCGGCAUCGAUUCGCGCCGUCCUCGCCGUGCGCCGCGGUGCGCGAGGUGACGUCAUGGCGCCGCGUUUACGGCAGUGAGGGCGAACCGCAUUCCGCGUCGCAUCCGUGCGUGCGAGCGAUCCACGGUGGUGAAAAGGAAAAGGCAGCUGUCAUGCCGUGGCCCUGACCUAAGCCACCACUUCCGGCCAUCCCCUUUGGUGCGUGCCAUAUCCUUCGCGCGGAAUCCGCGCCGCCCCGCCGUCGUAAUACAUCCUCUACGGGACACGCUCGGCCGACGAGGAGCGAGGAUCCCGCCGCGCGCCGCGCCGUCUCCUCGCGUGGAAAAUCUCAGCGGGCCUGAUUCUGCCUCUCCCCACGCCAUGUUACAGUCCCAGUUCGAGGACUACCUGCCGUAUCUGGGUGGCGCGGCAGGUGCUCUCUUCGUCACCGGGGUGGCUUACUGGGCUUCCAGACCGACGGCCGAGAAACCGCUCUUUCCGCUCGACGCUCAGGCGUUGCUGCUACCGGGCAAUGAGCACAUCCGGAUGUCCAAAUUCUGCAAGGAGGGCAAGUUCGUCACGUUUCUUUACGAGGAUGUCCGUACCCUGUACGAAGGCUUUCGUCGCGGUGCCAAGGAGUCCAAUAACGGUCCCUGUCUGGGGUGGAAAGACGGGCCGAACAAACCAUACCAAUGGCUUCAUUACAACGAGACGUUGCUCAGGGCGAAGAAUUUUGGUUCCGGCCUAGUGUCCCUGGGGCUGACCCCUGGUCAGCAAACCUUAGUAGGCCUGUACAGUCAGAACUGUCCCGAGUGGAUUCUCACCGAGCAGGCAUGCUAUUCGUACUCGCUCGUAGUGGUGCCAUUGUACGAUACCUUGGGUCCCGACGCUUGCGCGUUCAUCAUAAAUCAGGCUGACAUUAAUCUGGUGGUAUGUGAAGAUGACCAAAAGUGCAAUUUGCUCCUCGACAAAGCGCCGAGAUGUUUGCGGAAGCUGGUGGUGGUGAAGGAGACGCGGCCGGCGACGAAUCAACGGGCGAAAAACCGCGGCAUCGAGCUGUACAAGUUCGACGACAUUGAACGCCUCGGCGCGCAGAGGAACCAUCCGGAGCUGCCGCCGAAGCCGUCCGAUCUCUGCACGAUAUGCUACACUUCCGGCACCACUGGCAACCCGAAGGGCGUAAUGCUGUCACACCAGAACGUCAUGGCGUCUAAUUGCGCGGUGAUAAUGCAGCUGGGUGACCACGGGAUCACGUCCAAGGACAUAAUGAUCAGCUUCCUCCCGUUGGCGCACAUGCUGGAACGUUGCUGCGAGAACAGCAUGUACAUGAUGGGUGGUUCCGUCGGAUUCUACAGCGGUGACAUUAAGAAGCUGCCCGACGACAUGAAAGCCCUCCGGCCUACCGUCAUGCCGGCUGUGCCCAGGCUGCUGAAUCGUAUAUACGACAAGGUGCAAGCUGAACUGCAAAACUCGUUUCUGAAGAGGAUGAUCUUCAAUAUGGGUAUGCGAGCAAAGGAGACGGAGAUUAAGAAGAGCAUUGUGAGAAUGAACAGCAUAUGGGACAAGAUUGUAUUCAAGAAGAUCCAGGAAUCGAUGGGUGGCAGGCUGAGGCUAAUGCUUGUAGGUUCCGCGCCGCUGGCGGGAAACGUCCUCACGUUCACCAGGUGCGCCCUUGGCUGCGUCGUAGUCGAAGGCUACGGUCAGACAGAGUGCACCGCGCCAAUAACGCUUACCAUACAGGGCGAUCACGUGCCAGAACACGUGGGACCACCAGUGGCUUGCUGUUGCGUCAAACUCGUUGAUGUUCCGGAAAUGGAGUACUACGCGACGAACAACCAAGGUGAGGUGUGCGUCAAGGGUACUAAUGUCUUCAUGGGAUAUUACAAGGAUCCGGAAAAAACUGCCGAGGUGAUCGAUGAUCAGGGAUGGCAUCACACAGGAGACAUCGGCAUGUGGCAGCCUAAUGGAACGUUAAAGAUAAUCGACCGAAAGAAGCAUAUCUUCAAGCUAUCGCAAGGGGAAUAUAUCGUGCCGGAGAAAAUCGAAAACAUUUACAUACGCAGCCAAUAUGUACAACAAGUAUUCGUCCAUGGAGAAUCAUUGAAAUCUUGUAUUAUAGCAAUAGUAGUACCAGACGUAGAUGUAAUUAAGUGUUGGGCGGUGGAGAAUGGCAUACCUGGUACACUGAGCGUUCUGUGCGUCAAUCCAGAGGUAAAAAAGCUAAUCCUCGAUGACAUGUUAGCGUGGGGAAAAGAAGCUGGUCUGAAAUCCUUUGAACAGGUAAAGGAUAUUUAUCUCCAUCCAGACCCGUUCUCGGUACAAAAUGGGCUCUUAACACCAACGUUGAAAUCGAAACGGCCUCAACUGAAAGCGUACUUUAAACCACAGAUAGAGGAUCUCUAUCAACAAUUGGACUGACCAGACUGAGCGAUUGUGCUAUCGUUUGUCUGUACCAGCACUGAACGCAAAAGAAAGACGUUCGAUGGUAGAAAUGGAAGCAAAGCGCCUUUCCUCGCUGCUGUUCUCUCACCGAAGUCACUAUUGUCAUCGAAUAUUUGCGCGUUAACCCUCUCUCUCUAUCCCUCUCCCCUUUUCUCUCUCGCGCGCGCGCGAGAUACUUUUAUUAUAUUCUUAUUUUCACAGGUACAUUAGGGACGCAGAUAAAAAAAAAAGCACCAUUUAAGCUAAUUAUUAAGGUAAAUGAUAACAUAACAAGUAAUAAAAGGAGUUAUUAUUA